GCUUGCCAUGUUUGUCAAACUUCGACCUUUCCACUAGUCUCAACAACCAAAAAAAGACACCUUGCCGACGUUUGGGGCACCAAUUUCAUGUAGGGCAUAUUUAUAAAACCUUUCAGGGGUCCUCGAACACUUUCAGUGGAUUCUCAACCUUGAAAGAACCCUGGCCGAUAAUUCUCCGGCAAGAUGUAGGUCAGGCUUCGAGGCGUAGUCGUGAUCCUCCUAACGCUGGGUUCUUCCGAUAGGUUCACACCUUCGCGAUAGCCAUCUAAUUCGAUUUGUAUUUGCACGGUGCUACUUACUACCAUGUCUCCUCCAGGUCUUGCCAUCCUUGGUGCGGGCAUAUUUGCCAAAGAAGCACACCUUCCCGCCCUUGCAUCGCUCGGAAACUCGGCAGUUGAACUCAAGGCGGUAUACUCUCGGUCAGAGAAAAGUGCCAAGGAGCUUGCCCAGGAGGCACAAGAGGUCCUGAAGCUGAGCGUUCUGCCUAGUGUCUAUCACGAUGGCGAUCAGAACGCGGACUUGGAUUCUCUACUGGCUCGAUCGGACAUCACAGCUGUCAUUGUUGUUUUACCAAUCGCCACUCAGCCAGCCAUUAUCCGCAAAGCACUUGCAGCAGACAAGCACGUUUUGAGCGAGAAGCCUGUCGCUCCUGAUGUCGCCAGUGGACUUGAGCUCAUUGCCGAGUAUAACUCAAAGUAUAAGCCCAAAGGCCUUGUCUGGCGUGUCGCAGAAAAUUAUGAGGUUGAACCAGGGUACCAGGCAGCUGGAAAGGUCGUUCGAGCCGGUAAAAUCGGCAAAGUCACUUGUUAUAACGCGAGGGUGGUGAAUCACGUCUCUAAGGACUCUAAAUGGUACAAGACACCCUGGCGAACAGUUCCAGAUUACCAGGGUGGCUUCCUCCUAGACGGUGGUGUACACACAAUCGCCGCGCUCCGCGUAAUGCUACCUAGCCCGUUGGUCUCUCUUUCAGGCUAUGCUUCGCUGAACCAGGAGCACCUACCUCCUCAUGAUACCAUCAACGUUGCCGUGAAGUCGGAGGACGGCUCUCACGGACUCGUCGAGCUCACUUGGGGAGCACCAACUCCUUCUCGCUCGAGCCUCGCUGGAAAUAGUAUCAGUAUUACUGGGUCUGACGGUUGGAUUUCCAUCACACAAGGCAAAGCAAAGGAUGUCAACGGCGAUGAGUACAACGCAUUCCGAAUCGUAGUCAGGACGGUUAAGAAGGAUGAGAAGGGUGGGGUCAUAGGUGAAACGGAGGAGGUUAUUGAAGAGCGCGUGCAGGGUGUUGAGCUGGAGUUGAAGAGCUUCCUUGCUGCUAUUGCUGCGAGCGACGAUGGUUUCGGAGACCCGUUUGAUGCGCUGAAGGACGUUGCAUUCAUCCAAGCCGGUUUGGAGAGUAACGGCAAUCCCGUCGACCUCGUGAAAUUGGUUCAACAAUAGAAUGCUGGCGCUAAGAUGUCAAUAGCGAAGUAGUGUACGAUAUUAAGAUACCAAGCAGCCUGUCCAAGUGUACCAUAGUCAUUCUAGAACCAUUGCGCUGUCAUGGCAGACCAUGAAACCAUUUUGCAUAUGUCCCUGGAUUCCUGCUCAUGCCCGUUUCAAUUCAAAUGUCAGCCAAGACGGACAAUGCUAGAAAACACCUGCCUGGAGCUCUGAAACAUCCCUGCUAGUCUUGAUAUCACUCGGAUGUAUUACGGCGACUUACGAAGUUAGGAGGAGAAUGAUUGUCGGAGAAUUGUAC